AUGCUGGCUCCAAUUAAACAUUUAUUAGCCACGAAACGUAUCAUUUUGGCCAGUGGUUCACCGCGGAGGCAGGAAUUGGUCAAGUCAUUGGGUCUCAAUGCUGAAUUGUGUCCAUCCACUUUUGAGGAGAACCUCAAUCCCGCCGAUUUUAAAGAUUUCUCCAAAUUUAUAGAGGCCACUGCCUUGGGAAAGGCUGAGGAGGUAUAUAAUCGUUUAAAAACGGGUGAUAAUCAAGAAGAGAUAUUGGUAAUUGCUGCCGACACAAUGGUAACAAUGGGUUCAGAGAUUUAUGGUAAACCCAAAGAUAACGCCGAUGCCUUGAGGAUGAUAACAAAUCUUGCUGGUAAAUGUAACACGGUCUUUACCGGUGUUGUGCUAAAACAUUCCAAAGGGGUACGCAGUUUCACCGAAACGGCUGAUGUAUAUUUUGGCGAAUUGUCAAGGGAACAAAUUGAGGCGUAUGUUGCAACUGGUGAACCAUUAGACAAAGCUGGCGGUUAUGGUGUCCAGGGUCUGGGUGGUGCUCUGAUAUCACGCAUUGAUGGUGAUUUUUAUUGUGUUAUGGGUCUGCCGUUACAUCGUCUGUGUUGUGAAUUGAACAAAUUGUUUGUGGAAGAUGCCUCCUAG